AUCUCAAGUUGGCGCCCCUUUUCCUGCCCAAGCGAGCCACGAGCUUAUGCUAUAAAGCUUGCGAACUUAAAGCCGUCACAAGUCAAAUCGAGAUGAUGUCGCGCUUCGGGCUAAUGAGCUAUUUUUGUAUUGUUUGUUACGCUACCCAAGCUAUUUUCUCAGGGCCUCUGAACAAGACGGUGGCCCACGACUCCGAUAAAGCAAAUAUCACUCCCGCGAUGAGGCAAACUUCUAUGACUCCUCAUCCUGCUCACAUUUCUAAUUCGUCAUUUCCAUCAGCGUUACUUAAAACAGAUGUCCCCAUAAACUCCCUCUGCGAGCCAAAUCUUCCUGUCUACACCGACAUUCACUCCUCAUCCGGGAACUUCACAAGUCCCUUGUACCCCUCCCCCUACCCAAAUAUGGCGAGCUAUAUCUGGCGUCUGACGGUCGAGCGGGGACUGCGUAUAAGCCUCACACUAGACCCAGUCCUGCUCGAAAACAGCAAUCCUUGUGUGGAUUAUGUUGAAGUGAGAGACGGAGCUUCUAAAGAGGCCAAGCUGCUAAGCCGAGUGUGCGGCGCCAAUCGUGCGCCCGUGGUACUACGGUCUAGCGGUAAUAAGCUGUGGGUCAUGUUCAGAUCUGAUUGCUCCGUUGUGUAUGAGGGAUUUCAGGCCGUGUACACCAGUUUUAACGAACACAAUGAAAGGACGUGUCCAGGGAGCCCACCACCGCCUGAAGAAAACAAGUGUAAGAUGAACAACCGCACUCGUCCCGUGCAGUCUUAAACACAUGGCUGGUUGUAUCCACGAUUAUACCACUGUUUGUAAAAUAAAGUCACGCACAGGAUUGAACAGAACUGAAACAAGUGCAUGAAAUCUAAAUCUGCUCUACUUAGAUGACCAAUUCUGUGAUUGUACGAUAAAAGUAUUUAUCAUCAAAUUCAAAAUAUGUUUUAAAUGCAACUUUUUUUGG